AUUCUCCCAUUCGCUUUAUGACUCUCUCUUCUCUGCCAGCGAACAUCCAUUGGAGCUCCUUACUGUACGGCGCGAGAGACAUCCCACGAGGAUAAUUUGGAUAACUAGUCGUCUAAAUCUGCUUCUUAGGUUUCUUGACUCCAUUUUCUCGAUUCUCUCUCUCUCCUCUUUCUUGGAACGGGAAAGAGGGAGGGAAAGAAAAAGGAGGAAGAAGAAGAUUCUAGAAAGAUCAAUGGAAGGCUCAGGGACAUGGCAAGGAUUGAUCCUCGUGGGUAUUGCGACAUGGAUCUGUCUUUCUUCAUAUCUGAAAUUGACCCAUAAAUUUAGAUCUCUUCUACAACCAUGGGUCGCUCGUCAAGUCGUCGGUGGUGUUCCUCUCAUUCUCGAAAUUCAGAAACAUCAGAAUGGACUGCUGGAUGCUUUCUUCUCGGGGCUAUCAUGUGUUGUCUCAGUGCCCUUUUACACUGCUUUUUUGCCUUUGCUCUUCUGGAGUGGACAUGGUAGAUUGGCUAGGCAGAUGACUCUAUUGAUAGCAUUCUGUGAUUACUUGGGAAACUGCAUAAAGGAUGUAGUAUCAGCUCCUCGUCCUAGCUGCCCACCAGUUAGAAGGAUUACUGCCACAAAAGACGAGGAAGACAAUGCAAUGGAAUAUGGCUUGCCUUCUUCCCAUACUUUAAACACUGUUUGUUUAUCCGGAUAUCUCUUGCACUAUGUGUUAUCCUCUUAUGAACACGAAAAUGCGUCUAUCCAAUACUAUGGAUUUGCACUUGCUUGUCUGUUGGUAGCCUUAAUUGCCUUGGGAAGGAUAUACUUGGGUAUGCACAGUGUAGUCGAUAUCAUCUCUGGUCUUGCUAUUGGAGUCCUGAUUCUAGGUCUUUGGCUCACCGUCAACGAAAAAAUCGAUGAUUUCAUUACCUCAAAACAGAAUGUUAGCUCCUUCUGGACUGCUCUGAGUUUCUUAUUGCUCUUUGCUUAUCCGACGCCCGAGCAUCCAACUCCAAGCUACGAGUAUCACACCGCCUUCAAUGGGGUUGCGCUAGGAAUUGUGGCUGGAGUACAGCAAACGUACAGCCAAUUCCACCACGAAGGUGUUCCACGAAUCUUCUCACCAGAGCUUCCUGUUUCAGCCUACCUUGGGAGAGUCAUGGUGGGGAUACCCACGAUACUCUUAGUGAAAUUCUGCAGUAAAUCCCUUGCAAAAUGGAUCUUACCAACAGUAUCCAACGCACUUGGGAUCCCAAUAAGGUCUAGCACAUACAUUCCCAGACUCAAGCUCGAUAAAGAAUAUGCAAAUGGGAAGAAGACGGACGAAGUUAAGAUCUCGGUUGGGUAUUUACAGAAACUAUGCGAGUUCUUGAACCAGAACUCGUUUGAUAUUGACACCGGUAUAAGGUUCUUACAAUACGCAGGCCUUGCCUGGUCUGUCGUUGACCUUGUUCCUUCGCUAUUCUCUUACAUUAACUUGUAGCGACAGUUCCAUUGUCUGGUAUUAUGAAAAAAAAUCUUACAUGCCACUGACCAUACACAGUCUCCUCUGUAAUGGCUUUGAAGAACUAAA